AUGUUGGGAGGUGAUAGUGAUAAUGUCCUAUCCCUCACUACCGACGAGUUGAAAGAGAAGAUUGCCGAGGAAGUCGGAAGGGCAAUCAAAGUUAGCCUACCAAGAUUUAUAGAGAGGAUGCAAAACACCCUACUUUCGACUAUGGAGGAAAAGAUUGGUGAAUUAAGAGAAGACCUUACCAAUGAUAGAGGCAAGGCUAAAGAAAAGAAAGGUUGUUCUUACAACAAGUUUAUGGCGUGUAAACCUCCGAUUUUCAAUGGAGAGGUGGAUCCAAUUGCUUGUCAAAGGUGGAUAAGCGAUAUCGAGGGUGUUUUCGAACGAACGCAUUGUGAUGAAAGUGAUUUCGUGGCUUAUGGAACUGGCCAACUUAGAGGCCAAGCCAAGGAUUGGUGGGACAACCUCAGAAACGAAAGGGGUGUCGAAGCAAAAAGAGCAAUGACUUGGGAAGAUUUCAAAACACCAUUCCUCAAACAUCAUAGCCCCAAGGCAGUAAUAAACAAGGUAAAGGAAGAAUUCAUGCAAUUGAGGCAAAAGGGUGAAACCGUUGAUAAAAUUACGGGGAUGUUCAUGGAUAAGCUCAAGUUUUGUGAUGACUUGGUCAAAACUGAAGAACAGAAAAUCUAUUACUAUCACACCAUGCUUAGGGCUGAAUAUAGGGAAAUUAUGACUCCCUCACAUUAUGAAAAUCUCACCGAUAUAAUCAAUGCGGCGCGGGAACGCGAGAUUGAACUAAAAAGGCAAGUUGAAAGAGGUGAGAGAAGGGCCUUGGAUGAAAACCCGAGUCCCGCAAAGAAGCCAAAGGUAGCUGAAUCUUCAAAGAAAGGAAGUGCAAAAGGAGGUUCUCCGAGUUGCAAAACAUGUGGACGCACUCAUAAAGGUGAAUGUUACUUCAAAAACAAACCUUGCGUUGCAUGUGGUAAGAUAGGACAUGGGGUUGCAAAUUGCCCAGACAAAGUAACGGUGUGCUAUAAAUGUUACCAACCGGGUCAUAAAAAGUCAGAAUGUCCGGAAUUGAAGGGAAAGAAAGAGAGUGCCGACUCUAGGGAUGAAACCCCAAAAGCUAAGGCAAGGUCAUUCCAGAUCACUGCUGCUGAAGCAAAAAUGGAACCCGACGUGGUUACAGGUAUAUUACUGUAA